AUGAGUCAGACACUCAUAGCCAACGAACUGCUGGCGUUCUUGCAGCAGAAACUGGAUGUGAUGGACGAGGUGUCCGCCAUCCAGAUCUGCGCAACGAACUUCAGUGAAGAAGAUGUGGCAGCUGGUAAGCUGCUUUUGUACAAGUCGCUCAACAAGUGCGACCAGAUGGUGUCCCGCAGGCGUGACGGGACCAAGAAAAGCAUCCAGGACAUCAUCACGCUGCUCAAGGAGACCGACCCGGAUGACGUGCCGACAUUUGUGGCGAGGGAUCUCAACAAGCUUCCUCCCGUAACUUUCGACCACGUCGACGUGACCAGCCUUUUGAAGGACAUCGUUGUCCUCAAGGCCAGCUUGGUGGAUGUACAGAACAGGUUAGAUGCAUCCCAAGUUGCUGUUGCCGUUUUGCGUAAGGAACUUAGUGAUUUGCGCAACAUGGUAACAGUAACUGGGUCACCAACGGCAUCGAACGUAAACACGCGUCGCGGAGCAGCUGCUGACACAUCGGCGGUCAGUUUCGCGUCAGCGGUUUUGUCUACACCGUCAUCGUCACCGAGGACUGCUGAGCAAGCUGAGUGCGCAAGUCGCGCACCCCGCCUGCCCGCUACCGCCCCUGCGGGGCCUCCCGCGCCCGCCGACAAACACACCAAGCCCGUUCCCGAGAAGGAAGCGCCAAGGGCUGAUGAAGAUGGUUUCGUGACGGUGCAAGGGAGGAAGCGCCGUCAAAGAACUAACAAGAACCGCUGCGGCACAGCUUCCAUCAAGGCUAACAUCCCGAUUCGUGUCGCCCAGCCGAACACUCCCGUAUACAUUUCCCGCCUUCACUAUACUACGAAGGUGGAGGACAUUGUGGAGUACGUGUGCCAGAAGACCAAGUACAGGCUGAGAGUGCAGCAGUUGGAAUCGCGCCGCAACGUCUACUUCAAUUCGUUCGUGGUGCGAGUACCGACGUGUUUUCUGCACAACGUCUUGGCGGAGGACUUCUGGCCGCAAGGAGUGGUGUUCCGACGCUUCCGCGGACAAGUGCCACACGACCGUACAAAUAAAGUGCCCUAG